AAACAAUUUCUCAAUUCUCAACAUUCACAAACUCCCUUGAUGUUUUCACUUUAAGCUCUAUCGUUCCCGGAACAUUCUGAUUCUAGUGAAAUUAGUGCUUGUCGAUUUCGUUUCUGAAGGAAACGAGCUAGUAAUGGCGGAUUUACGCGAUGAGCAUGGGAAUCCUAUUCAGCUGGCAGAUCAGUAUGGGAAUCCGGUUAAAUUGACUGAUGAGUACGGCAACCCCGUGCACAUCACCGGUGUCGCCACCACGGGGCAGACGGCGGCUGUGGAGCCUCAGAGCCCCCCCCCCCCGCCGCAGCAGCAGCAGCAAGAACAACUUCGUCGCUCCGGCAGCUCGAGCUCUAGCUCUAGUUCGUCGGAGGAUGAUGGGCAAGGAGGAAGAAGGAAGAAGAAGGGGCUGAAAGAGAAAAUCAAGGAGACUUUUGGGGGAGGUAAGCACAAAGACAAGGGUGAGGAGGCCGCACACAGCACACCAGCCACUACUACAGCGGCGAGCAAAUCGUCGACCACCGUCCCUGGGCAGGCACCAGAGCACGAGAAGAAAGGCGUCAUGGAAAGGAUCAAGGAGAAACUCCCAGGCCACGGCCACCAUAAUCAAGCAAAGGAGCCAUGAGUCGUGAGGCCAAACCAAGAGCUAGCUUAGUCUAUAUACAUAUAUAUAAUUAAUGUGCGUGUAUUCGAAUGUGCAGUUUGAGCUAUGUAGAGUCUGUUGGAUUGUUGGUGUCGUUGCUAGUUUUUCAUGUGUUUUUAGGCUUGUUAUUGUUAUGCUGUAUUGUUUGUUGGGAGAUUUGUCUCUGAUUUGUUUGCUGUUCCUCAGAGAUGAGACUGAUCGGAGUCGGUUUGUUGUGUUUGAUCUUUC